AUGUUUCCAGUGUGAUUGUCUUGACUGCUGGUGGGUUUCAGGUGUUCUGCUGCCACCUUGAUUGAAAAAAAAAAAGAAGAAGAAGAAGGAGAAGAAGAAAUAUGGAUGAAGUGACCCCAACCCCAGACGAUUAUGGAUACUGGCAGGACUAUGGAGUUGAGUAUGACAAUUACACUUUUCUCGACGGCACCAGCGGGGUUCAUGCCAAACCGUGCUCUCAGGAGGACAUCUACAGCUUUGCGCAGACCUACUCUCCGGUUGUGUUCAGCCUGGUGUUCGUCCUGGCCGUCGUGGGCAACGUGCUGGUGCUCUGCGUGAUCCGACGCUACCGGAACUCACAGUACGGUGGGGCCUGCGCCUUCUCCCUGACGGACACCUUCCUCCUCCACCUGGCCAUCUCUGACCUCCUGCUGGCCUUCACCCUGCCGCUGUUCGCCGUGCAGUGGGCUCACGAGUGGGUGUUCGGCGUGGCCGUGUGCAAGCUCUCCGGCGCCCUCUUCUCCCUGAACCGCUACAGCGGGAUCCUCUUCCUGGCCUGCAUCAGCUUCGACCGGUACCUGGCCAUCGUCCACGCCGUCAGCUCCAGCUGGAAGCGCAACACCUGCCACGCCCAGAUUGCGUGCGCCGUCAUCUGGGUGUGCUGCCUGGGCCUGAGCGUGGUGGACAUCACGUUCAAACAGGUGGUGGAGCCGAGCCCCGUGGGCGGUCACUCGGCGCACCUGUGCCAGAUGUGGUUCACCGAGAACUCCACGCAGUGGCUGCUGGGGCUGCAGCUCGUCAGCGUGGUUCUGGGUUUCGUGCUCCCCCUGCUGAUCAUGCUCUACUGCUACAUCCGCAUCUUCAGGUCCCUGUGCAACGCCACCCGCCGCCAAAAGCGCAAGUCCCUCCGCCUCAUCAUCUCCUUAGUGUCCGUGUUUGUCAUCUGCUGGGCGCCGUUCAACGGCUUCCAGCUGGCGGACAGUCUGGAGAAGCUGGGCCUGGUGACUGGAGGUUGCCAGUUUGGCCGCGUGGUGGACAUCGGCCACGUGGUCACCGAGAGCGUGGGGCUGUCGCACUGCGCCCUGAACCCCGUCCUGUACGGCUUCGUCGGGGUGAAGUUCAGGAGGGAGCUGGUUAGAAUGUGCAAGGGGCUGCUGGGACAGAGGGGACUGCUGGGAGGGGAGGGAUGGGGCAGCAGCAGGAGGAGGAUCAGCAGGACCACAGGCUCCUUCAGCUCUGCAGAGAGCGAACACACGUCCUAUUCUGUCAUGGUGUGAAACUGCUCAGGGAGACGAGAAUGAAGAGGAAGAAAUGAGUGCGGCUGUGAGAAAGAUUUAGCAAGAAAGGCCUAAAAGAAAAUCAGUUUAAUUAAGACUAAACUAGGGAUGCACGAUUGGGAAAUUUACAUUACACGCUAUUAAUUAAAGCUGCAGCUAGAGGCUCCGAUACAGUAGGUGGCGGUAUACACCUUGUAAAGUUGGAUAAACACAGAAGAGGAAGAAGAAAGUGCAAGUUGUAGUCGCGCUUUGCCGUAGAACUGCUGUUCUUGUGUAGAAAGGCCUUAGCUCUUUUAUAUUUGCAUUUUGAAAUAUGUAAUAAUAAAAAAAUUAAA